GUGUCAUCCGUAUUGAGGAAGAUAGUCACUGCAGGGGAGAAGCUGAAGAUGGCGAAAAUGGAGCUGAGAUGUCACUUGGGGAUGGGGUUGUUUAGCCUUUUAUUCGGACUCUUCGGUUUAAGCUGUUGUACUGAUCAGGUUCCCGUACUUAUCUGGUCCACAGAAAGCUCGUUGUGGCAAUCACAAGACACCCCUAGUGUGGGACAUGUGGUGUCUGGCUCCCAACUUCUUUCUUACCUGAACUGUGCAUUCAAUAAUGGACCACACAGUGUGCUACUGUUCCUACAAGACAAGCUGAGCCUUGAUGACUUUACAGUGUAUGGAGGGGCAUUUGGAAAUCAACAAGACAAUGCAUUUCCCAACCUAGAGAAUGCUUUAGAGUCCGCACCAUCCACACUUGUUUUGCCAUCAGUGGAUUGGCAAGCAUCAAGUGCUUUGCCAGCCUUGCUACAGGAGAAGUUGGCUACCAGCCCUCUUUAUAUCGAACCAUCAACCCUAAGUCAGCUGCGACUUAAUGAAACUAUUGCAUCUCUACUAGUGCUUCGUCUUCCUUAUAGUACAAGCACGCAUCUGAUGUCUGCACGAGAUGUUCUUCAUGGAAAUGAUGAUGUCAUUGGCCAGGUAUUGAACAUAAUGAAAAGCCAGACUGUUCCAUAUACAGCCAUCUUUACUGCCCCAAGGCCUUCAAGGGUGAUACGAGAAGUGUCUUUGGCCUUUGAGAAUAUUGGCCGUUCACUUCUGCAGGCACCAGUAAAACCUACUCCUGCCCCUUACCCUCCAGUAAUGUUUAACAGAACUUCAUCAGAACCAUGCAUCCUACUUUGGGCAAAAGGCCUGAAUUUAACCUAUAGCGAAAAUACUCCGUCAGAGGCCCGUCUCGAUCUUACUAGUCGGACGUUUGGUUCAGGUGCCAGUGUGUCACUUGAUGGCUCUUCAUGUAGUCAGUCACUUGCCACGCUUGUCCUUAAUUAUGGAAACAUUGCAAACUUCAGUGGUUUCAGACUUACGUUUGUAAUGAGUAGCUCCUAUUCUGAAGUCUCUGCUCGAGAAUGGUUCAAGCUGCAGUAUGUGGAAAUUGGCUACAACGGGACAGUAGCUACCUUCAAUGGAAGUAAUCAGAUCUAUGCUCCACGAAACUACUCUUUUCAUUGUGAAUCAAUUACAAGCAAAUGGAACCCCUUACUGGUACCCUUUAAUAGCACAAAUCCAGCUAUACAGUGGACAUUCUCUUUCUCUGAAUUUCAGAUCCAAGGUUUCAAUGUAACAGGAGUGAACUUCUCAUAUGCCAGUGACUGUGCCACCUUCUUUACCCCUGGAAUCUGGAUGGGUCUUGUCACCACUCUACUGAUGACUCUUAUUCUUACAUACGGUCUCCAUAUGAUCAUGCAUCUUAAGACUAUGGACCGGUUUGAUGACCCUAAAGGACCUUCCAUCUCUGUGCCUCAGAAUGAGUAAUGUUAGUUCCUUUUGCCUUCACAUUUUUCAAGUGGCACAUAGCAGUGGAAAGUCCAUCUUAAAUCUUUUCAUUCUUCAAUGCCCACUUUUUCUUUUUUUGAUAACCCUAAAACAGAUUUUUUCUAAUUUUGUUACUUUAUUUAGAAAUUAUAAUUUGCCAUUCCUUACCCAUCUUUAUUUCAAUUAUUACAUUAAACCUUGUUGUGUCAAACAGCAAACAAAAAUACAACUGAAGAUUUUAGAUUAUUUCUGUAGCUUGGAUUAACAAGACCGUCACUGGUUAGUGUGUCAUAAUUAAUACCAUUUGUCACACACACUUAAUUUAUUAGCUGCUAUUUGAACAUUGCCGGUUAUAAUUUUAAGUAUUAUUUGAAGUUGGUUAGCAGCUGCAUUGAUGGCUACUUUGAGUGUGGUUGCCUGGGACAAUAGACACCUUAGUGAAAGAUUCCAGCUACCUGGCUACCCAUCUUUGGUAUUAAUGCACUGUGUACCAACUUCAUAAAUAACCCUAAUUGUCAAUGUCUUUUUAAAAUUUGGUACAAAUGUGUUGCUUAUUUGACCUGUUUGUUAUAGAGUGUGUGUAUAUAGAUAUGUAUACAAAACGGAUUAACACAGAAAGCAACAGUUAAACUUUACUGCAUUCCAAUCUUCCAAUAUUAGAUUUACUCAAAGCGGCACCCUUCUAUUUUUGUCUGCUGUUUGUUGCACCUAAUUAAUUAUACAAUAAUUUUACAAAAUGCAGAGUUUGGUAUGUACACACAGAAGGAUGUAAUGUUUUUAUUUUUUUUUUAAACAUAAGAGUGUGAGAUAAAUUUGAUUUAAUUCAAGAUACAAUUUCCAUAUUUCAUGUUUAAAAUUACAGUAGUUUUCAGCCACCAUUUCCACUCUGUAACAACGUGCAAUAGUAUCCUCUGAUUAGUUGUGUUUUUGAUUCAAUCGCCCAGAAUCAAAAUGUAAAGUAAAAUGUUUUAAUAAGAGUAUCUGUAAUUGUUCUAGAUUUAGAUACUGGUAAUGCCUGUGCCCUGAAAGUUUAGAUUUUCAUUUUCAGACGUGUUUUAUGUGAAAUGUGAGAUUCAUCCAUGUCUGUGUUUUUUCUGCACUACUAUGUGAAACUAAUGCGAUGUUUGAGGUGAAAUCUCAGUAGUUCGCCUUGCUUAGGUUUGGCAUCACUGUACAUCAGAAACGUUUACAGGGGGUAUUCCAGAGUUGGCAGUGCUUACGUGUGUUGUGCCUGAUUUGCUCAGAAGAUGUCUCAGAAAUUUGAGUUUUUGAGAAGAAAGUAGUUUCUCAUAUUGAUGUUUUGAAAUGUGUCUUAGAUUAUGUAAAACUAUAUUAUUUAAAACUAGCUUUGGAGCUUCACAUCUUUCUUAAAAUUGUGAGAACUUCAUUGAAACUUGCACAUCAAGUACACGGUAGUUUCUGUGUUCACUAAAUCCCAUGUUAAAUAAUUAUCAGACUUGUUAUAAUGAUGUCUGACUGCAAGAGCUGCAACUAAGCAAGGAUUUUCUUUCUGCUUUACAUUUUAAGUUGAAGUUUCUUUCAAUUUUUAUUCUUGGUUACAUUUCUAAGCAUUUUGUGCCAUCAAAGGACUUGGACAUGCUUCCAUGACACUACUCCAGCAUCUGUCCCAUUUCAGUAGGCAUUACAGUAGGCGCUGCAGUGGUAAUGAAUUCCUUUAGAAAUAUCCAGAGGCACAACACCAUAACUUCAACUAUGGAAUCGCUUUCUUCUUCUGUUCUGAACCUGAGCUUUAAUUCAUACGCAGUAUUCUAUGAUUGCUAAAGAAAAAAGCAGACAUGAGUCAAGUGUGUUUAUUGCAUCAGUUUCUAAGUCUUUCUAUCUUACUAAUGUAGACCACCUGUAUGAUAAAAUAUUGAAUUCAGUCAAGUGUUAGGACUUAAAAGGAAAUAUAUGUAUAUAAAGAAAUUAUAAAAGCAGAGUAAAGUUGUGCGUUAAGCGCUUCUAUUUAUUUGUGAUAGUCCUGUGUUUUUCGGACUGUGUUUGUGUUAUACUUGGUGUUACUGAGAUUUCUUGUGAAUUAUCCUACUUGCGGAAGCCUUUACAGCCCUGCAUCGUAAUCACACAAGGACUUGGCAAGUUCCUUUCAUUUGCUGCUUCCCAGGUGUUAUUAAAUAACCACUUCUACUGUUUUACACUUUGGAUUAAUUCACCAAUUGAGCAAAUAAAUAUAGUAUUUAUUUUUUAUGGUAUUAAUUUGUUUUAAACUGGAAGGGUUUUAUUUGUGAUGGGCAAUUAUCCCCAAAAAAAUGGGCUGGAAAGGUUUUAAGGUAAAUUAUAUUCACUGUACAGCAAUUCUUCAAUUACCUGUUUACAGAACUUAAGAAAAAUGAACAAACUGUGUUCUGAUUAAAGACGUUAUGUAAAACUGA